GCUCGGCGAUGCCAGUGCUUUGCCCAGCUGGCACUUUUUGCGGCCUCCAGGGGCAGAGUAUGGUGUCUGAGUGCCAGCCUUGCCUCUCUGGCUUCUACUGUGCGGUGCCUGGGCUCAGUGCUCCCAGCGGAGAGUGCUGGGAAGGCUAUUACUGUGACAGCAGCCAAGGGCCCGUCAGCAACUUCACCCUUUACCCAUGUCCACAAGGAUUCUACUGCCCAGCAGGCACACAGCAGGCCACUCAGCAUAGCUGCCCGCCAGGUACCUUUGGACCGAGGCAGAGACUGAAGAGUAUGGCCGAAUGUCAAGGUUGCCCACCAGGAAAAUACUGUGCAUUACCUGGACUUGCAGCCCCAACAGGGGACUGUUCUGAAGGAUUCUGGUGCAAAGGUGGUGCCCAAGUCAAAGACCCAAUUGAUGGCGAGUCAGGGCUCCCCUGUCCUCCCGGGCGUUACUGUCUAGCAGGAACACCCAUUCCACUUCUUUGCCCUCGUGGUACUUGGUCCAGCAGCAAAGGCAACAAAAAUCUGCAGGACUGCCAGCCAUGUUCUGGGGGUCAUUACUGCAAUGGCACUGGGCUAGUAGCCCCAUCAGGAUACUGCAGCCCUGGGUUUUACUGCAUCUCCGGGGCUCAAACACCGACACCCACCGAUGCCUCCUCAGGAGCCCCGUGCCCUGUGGGACACUACUGUCCCCUAGGAACCGAGAGUCCCAUCCCGUGCCCGUCCGGUUCCUACAUGCCCCAGACCCAUGGAAAAGAGUGCUACGACUGUCCAGAGGGGAAGUACUGUGUCCCUGGUCAGGAGCCUCAGUCAUGCCCCAAAGGCUACUACUGCCCGAGAGGAACAGGUCUCGACUGGUGGCCUUGUCCCCGAGGGACUUACAGCCCCGAGCAAGGCCUGGAUAGCAGCACUGGCUGCAGAGUGUGCGAUGGAGGGAAGUUCUGCUCUCACCGUAACGCGACAAAUGUGGCCGGAGAGUGCUGGGAGGGUUUCUACUGCACAAAGGGGUCAGACCGGCCCAACCCACAUACCAGGUUCCAAGGUCAGGCUGGCCCCUGCCCUCCAGGCCACUACUGUCCUAGGGGCACUGCUGUCCCUGAGCCGUGUCCUGUGGGAACCUUCAGCACAAGGAUUAAGCUGAGCUCAGAGGCUCAUUGCUCACCGUGUCUUCCUGGACAUUACUGCAACUCCACCGGCCUCCUGGUCCCUACAGGGCAAUGUGCCGAGGGAUUCUACUGCACCCUGGGGUCCACCCUUCCUGUCGUUCCAGCCGUGGACAAGACUGGAGGCCCUUGUCCCACAGGAUAUUUUUGCCCUAGGGGCACAGCUACACCCCUGCCUUGCCCAGCAGGGUCAUAUAAUCCUUCAGAAAGGCAAGCCAGCUGCCUCCCCUGCACUAAAGGGUAA